AUGUCGUUCAGCGGGACCCAACAGAAAUGCAAGGCUUGCGAUAAGACUGUUCACAUCAUCGAACAAUUAUCUGCUGAUGGUGUUAAUUAUCACAAGAACUGCUUCAAAUGUAGUCAUUGCAAUGGCCAGCUUGCCAUGAGCAACUACUCAUCUAUGGAAGGAGUUUUGUAUUGCAAGCCUCAUUUUGAACAACUUUACAAGGAAGCUGGCACCUUCAACAAGAAAAUGCAGUCAUGUAAGACCCCUUUUUUGUCUAGGGCACCAAGCAAACUCUCUGCAUUCUUCUCUGGGACUCAAGAGAAAUGUACAUCAUGCAAGAAAACCGUAUAUCCAUUGGAAAAGUUGACAGUGGAGGGUGAGUUUUACCACAAAUCAUGCUUUAGGUGUACACAUGGAGGAUGCUUCCUCACCCCUUCAUCCUAUGCUGCUCUUGAUGGAUUCCUUUAUUGCAAGCCACACUUCUCUCAAUUGUUCAAGGAGAAAGGUAGCUAUAGUUAUCUCUCCAAGACAGCUUCAUUGAAGAAAAAUGUAACGCAACAAGCUGAGGAGAAAUCUGAGCCUACAUCAGAUACAGAGGCACCAAAGGAAGAAGAACAAGAAGAAGAAGAGGCUGCUGCUGUCAUCACGCAAGACCAGUAG